UCUUCACAAAUCCUCUUUUAUUUUUUGACGGACGGAAGUAUCGGAAAGGGAAACGACGGAUUCAGCAUCAUGUUGGUCGAGAGGAAAAUCAAGGUGGUGACGGAGCAGCACGUCAUUGACAAGCCUUCUCCCGUGGCCGAGUUCCCCAUGCGGCAAUGGAGCUUGCGGCUUCACCUGCUGGAUGAGGAGGGCAAUGAGCGGCCUGCCGACGUCUUCACCAAGGUGGUCUACCACCUGCAUCCCACAUUCGAGAACCCCGUCCAGACCUUCACAAAGCCUCCCUUCAUUUGCUCCAACGAGGGCUGGGGUGAAUUUGAGAUUGGAAUCGACCUCUACACCACGGAAAAGACCAAGCUGGCCCCCAUCAUCCACGACCUUAACUUUGCCAAGGAGAGAUACGAGGUCACGCAUACUGUCGUCUUCAAGAACCCUUCCCAGGCGCUCCAGGAGCGGCUGCGCGAGUCGGGCCCGCUGCCGUCCGACGAGGACCGGCCCAAGAAGAAGGGCAUCGCGGGCAAGAAGAGCGCCCAAAAGUACGACUACGAGAAGAUUGCCGAUGCGCUCGAGAAGCUUGAGGAGGAGGACCUGCUGCGCGUCAUCCAGUUGAUCAACGAGAACAAGACGCCGGAUACCUAUAUCCGAAGCGAUGUGGAAGUGAAUAACCUGUUUGAAGCUGGCGAAUUCUCCAUCGAUCUGUACACCAUGCCGGAUACCCUGACCACGAAGCUCUGGGAUCACCUGGUAAGUUAUCCCGGAUGA